AUGGCCAGUUUGCUCGAAUCUCUACCUGCAGAGUUGCUUAGCAACGUUCUGGACGAAGUGGACAAGAGCCUGGACGGGUUGCGAGGACGGAACCGGCUGCAGAUAUUCCGCAAUAUCUCCUGCGUAUGCCACCACCUACGAGACGCGAGUGAAUCGUACUUUUACCGUGAGGUUAUAAUCGGGCCAGAUUGCAAAUCAGAUGUCUGGCGGCUCGUCCUACGGACACUAUGCGAUCAGCCACAUCUCCGAAAAUACGUCCUGUCUAUCACCGGUCCAGUUAACCACGAAGUUGCGAAGCCUUUAUCGGCCCAAGAACAUGCACUGUUCAGGACUGCGCUGGCUAUGGAACACAAAUGCACUGGCCUGGAAGACACAUACCCAGAGAUACGUCCGGCUCUGCUGGCCGGUUGUCACACUGCCGGGAUCGUCUUACUGCUGGCUUUUGCGACCAACCUAGAGAAGCUGGAUUUGGACUUCUCAGGAUGGCACUCACCCUCACGAUGUCGUUAUUGUCUUUGCAUGUCUCCACUUCUGGUUACUCUCUUCUCUCGACAUGGCGCAGCAUCAUACAGGCGAUUGAAGUGCGUCAUACUGAAGGGAGCAGUACCGAUAGGAAUAUCGUUUGACGCAAUCAGCAACAUGCUUGGUAGCGUGUCCGGCAUUCAACUCUUGUCCAUGACCCACCUUAGAGAAGGCAAAUGCUUCCGAACAACGACCAGUGCGAGAUCGAGAAUCAAAGUGCUCCAGUUCGACUGCUGUAGGGCUAGCGUUGGAUCCAUGGCCACACUGGUCGAAUCGUGCAGGGCACUCGAAUCUCUGUCAAUCUCUUGGCUCCCAUACGUGGCCGUGGACAUCAGGCGCCUGUCCAAAAGUAUCAGUCAGCACGCUGCCACCCUUCGUACGCUACGUUUAAGUAGCUACGACCUUGGGUUCCUGUAUGUAAUACCAUUCCUCGAGAACCUUACCAAUCUAUGGUCGCUCGACAUUGAUGAACACUUCUUGACAGGCGGAGACCCGUUGGGCCCGAACUGGCCUCCUCUACCUGUACUCCCUUCCCAACUCCAACACCUGGAUGUGGCCUCUGGGGCACCACCUGCGGAUUUUCCACCCAUACUCGAAGGACUUGCACCCCAUUUGCAGAAUCUCGCCUGCAUACGGGUGAGACUGCGACGAUUUGAUCGAACCGAUUUCACCGAAUUCAUCGAGAAGAAAGAGAUUCGACACGGUCUGAGGUUCCGAGAAGAUAAACCGUGGCUGAUUAGCUGCUCCGCUCUUGAGGACUGCCUCACCUUCGAUUGUGCGCGCACCGACGAGAAAUCCGUUCGCGAUUCUUUUCUGGAAGUCGCCGCGGAGCUUGCAAAUAAGGGCAUGCUGAGGACAAUGAGAGACUACUUCCUGACUGGACAACUAGCAUACAGACCACGAUCAUGCUGUCGAGUCUACGAAAAAGAGCUAUCGGUUAGAUACCCCAGGCGAUUGAUGGACGUGUCCUACAUCACUUCGCCUGACGAGCCAGCCGGGGAACUCGCUGCAUAG